UCACAGGACACAUCUCAGUUCCGUGUUAUCCUCGUUCGUGUAUGCUGCCACAGGCGGAAGUCAUCCCGAAGAGUGCGCGUGUGGGGUUGCGUUGUGUGUCAGAAUCAGAACCAGCAGCAGCAGCAGCAGUGCUGGGAUGUGGAUCAAUUCCAUUGACUGAUGAUGACGACGGCAAACCGAACCGUGAAGCAAGCGGUCGUAAUCGAAGAUUAACGUAAACGGUGCGCCCGUACUGCAGCUGGGUUGCAGCAGAGCAGUCGUGCAGUAGGUUAGCGGUUUAACGAGGUCAGGAGUGGAGAAUAAUUUCCGGAGAUAGACGGAGACGAUGACGACGACGACGACGACGGUGGGCAUUUAAUGUUUCAGCGAUAACCGGCGGGCAUAAGUGAAGUGUGAAUUGAGUAAUUACUGCCGCUUGUAUGCCAAAUGUGUCGUCCGCCACUGUGUCAGCGUGUGUGUGUAUGUGCGAAUAAUAUAUAAUAUGUAAUGAUGGAGCGUGAUGUGAUUUAAUUUCACUGCUGCUGCGGUUGGGGUGGGGAAAUUGUAAUUGCAUUUCCGUUGCCCGAGUGGCAAUCAAGGCUGCUGCAUUGCUCCGCGCUCAGGAAGAAGCAAUACGAAGCUAGUAAGUCGUUAAAAUGCCGUGCUGCCUCUGAGUAAAGUUACAUAAAAUGCUGAUGUUCAGUCAAACAGAACGGGAUCCUACUUAAAGCAGAGUAUGUUAAUAUGAACAACGCAAACAAAUAGAACGGAAGACGGAAGUGGUACCGGCAGGAGAUAGAGAGAGAAAGCGAGGGGGAAAAGAGAGCGCGCGGAAGAUAAAUCGAGUGUGAUGUGAACCAAAAAGCAGAAUAUAAUAGUGAUUCAUUAACGUCCGAUGUUGUUGGUGUCCGAGUGUGUUUCCUGUCAGGAUUUUAUUGUUUCGCGGGAAAUGUAACCUACCGGAAGUCGGAAAUAUUUACUAGUUUUUGGCGAAUCGCAGACGUGGUGCAGAAGUAGAAGAAGAAGAAAGUGGAUAUCGAAUAUCGAAUUGUGAUCGUUAAAGUAGGCGACGAUUAUUCUGUCAUCGUACAGAGUGCCAGUAUCCAUAACAGUAACCGUGUUAGUAGCUGUUGUUGUUGUACUAGUCGUAGUAGUAGUAGUAGCAUUAGUAGUAGCGAAAAUAUCUGUGGCAGUGAAAACAAUGCAAAGCAGAAGACGGCAAAAGGGCACCCAAGCGGGAAAAAGCAUGGCAAUGAUGAGCUUCCGCGGAGCCAGCGCUAAUCUAGGAUUCAUUUUCUGUGGAUUAAUUUUUGCUUCGUUCGACGGCUGCUCGUGCACCAGAAUUUUCGGUAUGUGAUCUUACGCGAUAAGCAACACAAACAACCAAUAUCGAAAGCAUACCGAUGGUGCGGUACGUCGCGGUGGCCGGAGGAAACGUGACGAUUAAUUGUCCUGGCGUCAACGAGCACUCGCUGGUGGACUCACUAGUCUGGAGAACGAGCCAAACCGUGGCGGAGUACGUCAACGGAGUGCCGCUAGUUAGUAACCAGAGGAUAACACUGCUACCUGAUAAUUUUAGUUUGCACAUCAGGCCGACGGUCGCCUCGGAUACGGCCGAGUACAGCUGCCUGGUGAACGACAGGCACAGCCCGGAAGCCAUAGUAGAUUUAUUAGUUCAAGAUGUUCCUGAACCACCGGGACGACCCCUUGUGCUCAGCUUCACGUCACGUUCGGUCCAUUUAUCGUGGGCGCACUCGCAGGACCCGAGAAAUGCACCGGUUACUUAUUUUAUCAUCGAAACCAGGGUUGGCGAGAACGGAGACUGGGACGAAGUGGCUCCGAUCAGGACCAAGGACAACGGCACUUCCUACCAAGUCAGUGCACUGCUGCCGUUCACCGUGUACAGCUUCCGGGUGAUUGCUAUCAACGAGUUGGGCCGCAGUCCGCCUUCCAAGGAGUCGUACUACUUCGUAACGCUGCGCGAAGCUCCAACCGGUAAACCUGUCACCACGAUCGCUCACAACACGAGCGCUUCGUCGCUGUACAUCUCGUGGAAGCCGCCCCCGCCGGACACCAUUCUGGGCGAAUUUCUUGGCUACCGGAUCACGUACCGCACGCGGGACCGCAACCCGGACGACGUCAAGGAAAUUUACAUUCGUGACAGCUCCGUAGAGAGCCACGAGAUCCACAAUCUCGAAACGUACACUCAGUAUCUGGUUUCAAUACAGGUAUUCAAUCCGGAAGGGUUGGGCCCCCCGACGACGGUUCUGGUCAUGACGGACGAAGGAGUUCCCAGUAGGCCUCGAAAUCUGAGCAUCCUGGAGGUGACGUCAACAACGAUUCGUAUCAGCUGGCAGGAACCGGAACGUAAAAACGGCGUAAUCCACGGCUAUCGGGUUUAUUACGUGUACCAGAACCAAACGCUGCUGCAUUUGCCUAUCCUAAAAAGUGACGCCAUGCAUAACGCGGUUUAUUAUUACACUCUAUCCAGCUUAAAACCUUUCACCGACUAUCGCAUCAUAGUGGCCGCUUUCAGUUUGAAGUACGACGGAGAACCGUCGGAGGUCUCCGUCCGGACGGACAUUGCCGGCCCAAGCGCCCCGCGUUUCGUCAAUCUGACCUGCUACUCAGAGGAUGCACUUUUCCUUGCUUGGCGAAUUCCGCAGCAUUUUUACAACUCCGUCAAUCACUACAUCGUUAGCUAUCGGAACAUGGACUACACACGGUCCCGAGAAAUUCGCAUUUCGGCGAACGCUUCCAUCGUGGAGACGUCGGUCGUCCUGCAGAACCUUACCAUCGAUGGGAACUACGAGUUGAAGGUUCGAGCGGCGUCCAUUAGCGUCGUUAAUCCGAACAAAGUCAUUCUCGGUCCGUACUCGGAGACAAAAAAGAUAAUGCUCCACGCUAACUGCGACCAGCAGCAGUCACCUUCUCUGUACCAUCACUACGCCGACUACGAUCUGAUAGUUCUGGCCGGAGCUGUCAUCUGCUGCUUCGGUCUUCUGCUGAUCGUUCUAGCGAUCGUCCUUUGGAAGAAAUGUUUCACCACAAGCUACACCAACGAAUCGGACCCGACGCAAAGCGAUCUCAAACAAUCACAGCAGCAGCAGCUGCAGCUACAACAGCAACAGCAAACGCAAAUCGACUGGAAGGCGACCUGCGACACCAACGGUAUCAUUCAGACAACCGUUCCGGUGACGAAGAUUCUGCAAAACGGUAACCAUCGCCAUCUGACGAUCGACGGGGACUGAUAAAGGGCCACCAGAGGCAGCGCCGGUGUCGGCAUGCCAACCACCGACGGUGCCGAAUGGUGGCCACUAGAGCAGCUUUCACUGCAGCAGCAACUUCCGCCCGAUGUUGCGUCCCACUCGAUGACGACGAUGACGACGACGGGGGCGGCUAUGAUGCGAACCCAACAGACCGGUAAUACCGUGCUGUUGCUUCACGUUCCCGACCUGGAAGUGAUGAUCAAUCCAGAGGCUUGAGCAGCGUGAGCUUUCGUUUUGUUUUUUUUUAUUUCUUUUUCUCUUAUCUGCUUGUGUUGUUAAUUUCGUCGUAAUUGUCGUCCUGUCGUUGUUCUGUACAGAUAGUGAGUUAAUUGACGCCAUUCGAUACAACGACGGACGAUUCGCAAGGUGGCGCAGAGGUGUGAUUAGGCUUUACUGCUUGAAGGUGGAAGAUAGGGUAGGCAUAUUUUAGAGACAAGCAGUGUGAGAUAAGAAAGGAGAUGAAGUGAAAAAAAAAACCUGCCGAUGAUAAUGGUGGGAGGAUAUUGCCAAUACUUUUUUUUUUAAAUGUUAAUGAAAGCGUCAGCGCGGAAAUCAUAACGGAUUCAAGGAGGAAUACCAGAGCGACACGAUAGAAGAUGUGUGAUAUUUUUAUACAUAUUUUCCAGUGGAUGUUAGAGAGAAAUUCAGGCUGACGGGCUGCUAGUGUAAUAAGUGAAAAAUAAAUUUUAGACCGAUGA